AUGAACCAAUCCAUGAACCUCGUGCGAUCCCACACUGCGUGGCUCUUGAGGCAAACUGUUAAACAGUCCAAUGUGCCCCGACCAUACGAAGAAUAUUGCUCGUCACGGAACCUUGCAAGGAAAUCGUUUGGUAUUCGGCAUGCCUCUACUGGAAGAUGGGUGAACAACUCCAAUUCCAACCCAUGGGAGAGAGAAAGCCCGAGGAUAACUGUGACCAGGAUAAUAGCUCUCUCAAUAAUUUCAUACGGGUUGUGGGAGGUCUACCAGAGGUUCACUGUUUGGCCAAGCAAAGUACGGUCAGACCUCCGUGCAGCGCUCAAGGCGCAAAGAAAAAAUGACUAUAAGCUUGCUGCAUAUUGGUUUCGAAAAGCGUUGGACGAAGUGAAGAGGUAUCAUUAUCCCGAGAAAGAACUUGGGAAAGACUAUCGAAAGAAAAUAUCGGGACUCAUGAUUGCACUCGCUUCUACCCUCGAGGAAGUUCCUGAUCUAACCGGUGCAAUCCAGGCCUACAAGGAAACAAUAACCUACCUCAGAUCUCUGCAUGGCACAUCUCGGCCCCCUCAACCAGAGGCUGGCUUAACUCCGAGAGAACGCCACCGGAUUGUAUCCAUUGCCGUCCGUCUUGGUGAACUGGCAUCGAAAAUCAAUGACACUGCGACCGAGGAGCACUAUCUUUCGUUGGCAGUUGAAGAAACACUUAGGCUAGCGAGGGAUAUGCCAGCCAAACUUGAUCUCACACAGCCAGUGCAAUCUGACAUAGACCCAAACGAUGAUAAAUGGAAGGAAGAGUUGCAAAUCCCACCGUGGAUCGAUCGGACGGAGUUUGUGAGUGUGUUCGAGAGACUUGCAGAAUUCUACGGUCGACAAGGAAACCUCGCCUUCGCUGUUCCACUUUAUAUCCGAGCCAUCUCAUCUUUGUUCCCGAGUCCUAAUGAUGAGGCUUUUGGAAGUCUUGGCCCAAUCCUUUCAUCCAUCUCUCACCCUUCAUCAAAACUCCCAUCCCCUACCAAUAUCUGCCGAGCUGCGCAAUUAAUGACCAAUGUGGCGUGUCUUUUUGCGACCGCUGCACCAAGGACUCCUGGUGGUUCUUCGACAUUUAAUCCCCUCGAAUUUAAAGAUAGCUCCCCUGAAGGUUCGGCGAGCAGUGCUGAGCAUGGUCAUUCGUGGUCCGACCGAGACCAAGCGAGGAUCUGGGCCUCUCGCGCCACAGAAGUUGCCCAAAAGGCUAUCAAUGACAUGUCUGCCAAAGAAAGAAAAGGCGAAGCAGGGCUCGAAUGUGGGAUCGUUCUUGCGCAUGCAUUGCAUUCGGUGGGAAUGCUUUCGGACAACCCAAAGGAGGAAGAUCCUAUUUCGAGGGGUCACUGGCGGAAGCUCAGAAAGCCGGAUUCCAAGAGGGAGUGGAUGAGGCAAAGUCCGCCUUACGACGCCUUGGUAGAUAAUAAAUAA